AUGCUUGCACCCGAGCCUAUACCUGCUCAUGAUCCUCUGCCUGAUCAUGACCCUGCACCUGUAGAUGUACCUGUUGUUGCACCACUUUUACCAGACCCUAUACCUGCACCCGCUGACCAUGCCCCUUUUGCAGACCAGGUAGAUCCCCGUUACGCAUUCACCCACAAUGGGUGGAUAGAGGAUGACGAUGACUUGCCUCCUUUUGUUAGGCAUGUUACUCCCCCACCUGCACCUACACAUGCACCCGUUGAUAUCGCCCCGUUUCACCCACAUGUGUCUGACAUUCACCGCACUGAUCUAUCAGUCACGUUCUUACAGGAUAUCCCUCCACCCCGACCGGGGGAAGGUCCAUCGAGUCAGCAGCCCAGUCAUAUUCCUCAUGUGUCAGCAGCUUUUCCCUUUGUGCCACAGUUUACACAUACUGCUCCUUCUGCUUCUGCACCAUCGAGCGAGCCACUGAUUUGGUUUCCGCCCAACACGAUGCCUGUUUCUGAUCCAUAUAAUCCUUCACAUUACACUGGUUACACGAGGGAUGAUCUGCUUUUGUCGUUACAGCUCCAACAUGAGUUGUGCCGUAGAGUCAUGGAGUUAGAGAGGAUUCCACAUCCUCCACCUUGCACUUAUCCGUCACCAUUCGCGAUUCCACCUGCUCCACUUCUGCCAUACCCAGAUUUUGACGUUCGUUUUCUUACUAUGGAGCAGCAGAUUAGUUACUUGUUGCGUACCGUUUAUGCUCUUGAGGAGAAGUUAGCACAUGUGCGCAGUUUGCUUUUCGUUCCUCCACCUCUUCCUCCUCCACCAUCAGCAUAG